UUUGACAUUUGCACUUCUUUCACAAUUGUCAAAGUUAUUAUUCUAUAAAGAUUUACUUCUUGUGCUAAAGCCUUAAAGGGAUUCUCUAUAAGAACUUCUUUUCAUGUAAAAUGCAAAAAGUUCAUCCUUUACAAAGGUUAUAGAAAGAAGUAACAACACUAAACUUGAGGGGAGAUUCUUCUAAGAGAAGGCUCAUUUGGCAAAAAAAAGUGUAACUAGUCUUUUCUUCACAUUCUUCUUCAUGUGAUAGAGAUUGAGCAUAAGCUGAAAUUUAUCACUUUGAGGAUAGUUCCUGGAAGGAAACUUUGCUUUUCUGAAAUGAAAAGGAACUUGUUAAGUAUUUGAGUUUGUUUCUAGAGGCUUUUUUGUGUCAUUCAUCUGAGUUCUCUGCUGUGAAGUUCUUAGAUAUGGAACUUGAAAAAAGUGGAGAAAAUCCAGAUAAUCAAGUUGAGGCCUCACAGAGAAUGAAGAUGGAUAUGGACUACGUCACUGAAUAUGCUAAAGAGAAGAAUAAACCAACCCCUACAAGUGAAGUCCAUAGUGCUAUGAAACAAGAGAUUCUACAGCUAGAGAGAAGAUUACAAGAUCAGUUUGAGGUUAGAUGCACAUUAGAAAAAGCACUCGGAUACAGAUCUUCGUUACUUGUCAAUUCAAAUGAAAAGACGAUGCCUAAGCCAGCAACAGAAUUGAUUAAGGAAAUUGCGGUGUUAGAGUUGGAAGUUGUGUAUUUAGAACAGCAUCUUCUCUCAUUGUACCGAAAAGCUUUCGAUCAACAAUUACCUUCGGUAUCUCCAUUUACUAAGGAGGGAACUGUAAAGCUUUCUCCAACAACACCUCAAGCACCAUUUGUUAAACCUUCUAUGCGUGAGGUCUUAACCGAGAAUGAAAGUUCUACACUUCGAUAUAAUGACCAAGAUGAGCUUGAGAAUAUGCAAAAGGAACAUAGUAGAUAUGAAAUGGAGACUUUGGGGAAAGAAAAACAUUUAGAUUCCGGUGUUUAUCGUUGUCAUUCUUCGUUAUCGCACUGUACCGCAUUUACAAGAGCAUCUCCUACAGAAGAAUCUUUAACCAAAGCACUUCGCGCCUGUCAUUCGCAACCAUUGUCCAUGAUGGAGUAUGUUGAAAGCUCUUCCUCAAAUAUAAUCAGUCUUGCCGAGCAUCUUGGCACACGAAUAUCCGAUCAUAUUCCAAUGGAACCUAAUAAACUCUCCGAAGAUAUGGUCAAAUGCAUAUCAGCUCUAUAUUGCAAGCUUGCAGACCCUCCUAUGAUACAUCCAGGCUUUUCGUCUCCCAUUUCAUCAUUGUCCUCAACGAGCAACUUCUCUAUCGGUGAUCAAGGCGAUACUUGGAGUCCAAGGUUCAAAAAUAAUAACUCCUCUUUUGAGGUAAGGUUAGACAAUCCUUUCCAUGUUGAAGGACUCAAGGAGUUUAGUGGACCAUACAGCACCAUGGUUGAAAUACCGUGGAUUUAUAAAGAGAAUCAGAAAUCGGGCGAUACAAAAAAGUUGCUUCAAAAUUACAAAUCGCUUAUUUCUCGAUUAGAAGAAAUAGACCCUGGAAAUUUAGAACACGACGAGAAGCUAGCUUUCUGGAUCAACAUACACAAUGCUUUAGUGAUGCAUGCAUUUUUGGCUUAUGGCAUUCCUCAAAACAGUAUGAAAAGAGUGUUUCUUCUUCUAAAGGCUGCAUAUAAUGUUGGAGGUUAUAUAGUUAGCGCAGACACGAUACAAAAUACUAUACUUCGGUGUCGAAUGUCUCGCCCUGGACAGUGGCUACGUUUGUUUUUUUCUUCAAAGACGAAAUUCAAAACCGGAGAUGGAAGACAAGCAUAUGCGUUGGCGCAUCUCGAGCCUCUUUCACACUUUGCUCUUUGUUCCGGAAACCAUUCUGAUCCCGCGGUUCGCGUAUAUACACCAAAGAGAGUGUUUCAAGAUCUAGAAGUAGCAAAGGACGAGUACAUUCGAGCUACAUUAGGCGUACGCAAGGACCAAAAAAUACUUCUACCAAAGCUUAUCGAAUCAUUCGCCAAGGACUCAGAUUUGUGUCCAAGCGGCGUCAUGGACAUGAUCCUAGAAUCUCUACCUGAGUCACUAAGGAAAAGGGUUAGGAAAUGUCAACUUGCAAAAUCUAAGAAGUGCAUAGAAUGGAUUCCACAUAACUUUAAUUUUAGAUAUCUUAUAUCUAAGGAUGUUCUAAAAUAGUACUUGAUAGUUUUACUUGUUAAUGAUGAGGAAACGAUUUUACAUUGUUUGCUCUAUGUAAUUUUUUGUGUACAAAAGUAGAUUGAAGUUGUAAGAUUGUGUUGUGAAGAAGGUAAAUAAUUUUCUGAUAUAUCAGUUGACAUUUGACAAGAGGACUGUGCACACAUGUAGUAUGUUUUGUGAUUGUCUAACCUGUUGGAAGUUUAUGCUAGCUUAAAGACAAAAGUCA